UUAGAUCCAACAGAUCAGGGCAGAGGCAGCAGGGCGUUUCUAAAUAAUAAGCAGCGGAGGGGACGGACCUACACUGAACAUGGAAGGGAAGAGAGAAACCCAAGUUGUGCACUGAAUGUCCAAAUAACGACCUUUUAAAGGAAGCACUCGACCAGGAUUUGGCAGCUGGCGGGAUAAGGACGCAGCGACAUCCUGCACUUCUGGCGUCUGGACAAAAAGUAACCGUGAUUGGUGUUGACCGGGGUCAGAUCUGCCUUUCUGUUGAGCAGGACGUCGCUCUCGUGUGAAAAGCGUUCUGAGCUCCUGUGAUUGUGAUCACAUUCGAAGCAUCCAGCUGUAACCACCAGCACUGCUACUAAGCAGCAGCCUGCUCUCAUCAAUAGUUAAUAGUUUCUUAAUGGCUGCUGUUAUUUUGCUCUAAUUUAUGACUGGGCCCUGAAGCCAUUACCGCUUUCUAUCAGAUUUACAUGCUGCACUGCUUUUUACAGUAUAAAAGCUGUUGAUGCAGUAACCUACAGUUGGCUCUUUAAUAACUGACACAGCUUUACAUCUUAUUGUGGUUCGAAAAAAGAAAAACCCAGUAGAAAGUGAUAGUCAACUAUUAACCCCGACAAGCUCAGGAUGGCGGAGGAACGUAUAUACGCCACCGGUAUGGCUGCCAGGCUGAGGAGCCAGUGGGAUCGAGAUGAAGGUCUGGGACAGAACCACAAUGCGGUGAAGUUUCUGGGUCAGGACUUUGAGUCUCUGAGAGCUCAGUGCCAGAGGAGUGGGAGGCUCUUUGAGGAUAGUCUCUUCCCCUGCGCUGCAUCGUCUCUGGGAUUCGAUGAACUCGGCCCGAGAUCCUCCAAAACCUCCGGAGUCCGCUGGAUGAGGCCCACGGAGUUUUGCAGACGGCCAGAGUUCAUUGUAGAUGGAGCUACUCGCACAGACAUCUGUCAGGGAGCUCUGGGGGACUGCUGGCUGCUGGCAGCCAUCGCCUCGCUGACCUUAAACGAUGACCUUCUACACAGAGUGGUUCCUCAUGGACAGAGCUUCCAGCAGGGAUACGCCGGCAUCUUUCACUUCCAGUUCUGGCAGUUUGGUGAGUGGGUGGAGGUGGUGAUCGACGACCGGCUGCCAGUGAAGGACGGGAAGCUGCUUUUCGUCCACUCAGUUGAGGGAACCGAGUUCUGGAGUGCUCUGCUGGAAAAGGCCUACGCCAAGUUGAAUGGCUGUUAUGAAGCUCUGUCAGGCGGCAGCACUUCAGAGGGAUUUGAGGACUUUACAGGCGGCGUGACGGAGCUGUAUGAGCUGAGGAAAGCCCCCUCAGAUCUCUACAGCAUCAUCGGCAGAGCCAUAGACAGAGGAUCACUGCUUGGCUGCUCCAUUGACGUCAGCGGCUCAUUUGACAGGGAGGCUGUAACAUUCAAGAAGCUGGUGAAGGGACACGCCUACUCUGUGACUGGUGCGGACGAGGUGGUAUACAGAGGAAACAUGACGAAGCUGGUUCGCGUCAGGAACCCAUGGGGGGAAGUGGAAUGGACUGGAGCCUGGAGUGAUAACUCCAGAGAGUGGGACAACGUGGAUCGCUCCGUCAGAGGUCGGCUACAAAACCGCAGUGAGGACGGCGAAUUCUGGAUGUCGUUCAGCGACUUCCUGCGUGAGUUCAGCCGUCUGGAGAUCUGCAACCUGACGGCCGACGCCCUGCAGAACAGCCAGCUGAAGAAAUGGAGCUCGUCGCUGUAUCAGAGCGAGUGGAGGAGAGGCAGCACUGCUGGAGGCUGCAGGAACUACCCAGCAACUUUUUGGCUGAAUCCUCAGUUCAAGAUCGAGCUGCAGCAUCCAGACACCCCCGGCCAACCAGACUGCAGCUUUUUGGUUGCUCUCAUGCAGAAGGACCGAAGGAAGAAACGGCGAGAGGGCAAAGACAUGGAGACCAUCGGGUUUGCCGUCUAUGAGGUUCCAAAUGAGUUUAAAGGGAGGUCAGGAGUUCACCUCAAGCGAGAUUUUUUCCUCACUCACGCCUCCAGCGCUCGCUCAGAGCUCUUCAUCAACUUGCGGGAGGUCAGCUCUCGGUUGCGGCUGCCGGCUGGCGAAUACAUCAUCGUUCCCUCCACCUUUGAGCCCCACAAAGAGGCCGACUUCUGCCUCAGGGUUUUCUCCGAGAAGCCUGCCAACUCUGAGGAACUCGAUGAUGACGUUGUAGCGGAGCUCCCAACAGAGACUUAUCUAGAUGAGAGCCAGAUCGACGCAGGCUUCAAGAGUCUCUUCCGCCAGCUGGCAGGAGCGGACAUGGAGAUCAGCGUCACAGAGCUGCAAACCAUUCUCAACAGGAUCAUCAGCAAACAUAAAGACCUGAAGACAGACGGCUUCACAAAAGAAGCUUGUCGCAGUAUGAUAAACCUCAUGGACAGCGAUGGCAGCGGUAAGCUGGGCCUGUCCGAGUUCCAUGUCCUAUGGGAAAAGAUUAAACGAUACCUGACUAUAUUCAGGCAGUUUGACCUGGACAAAUCGGGCACCAUGAGCUCCUAUGAGAUGAGGAUGGCUCUUGAAUCUGCAGGUUUCAAGCUGACCAACCACCUGUUCCAGCUGAUCAUCCUGCGGUACACGGAGGAGGACAUGGCGGUCGACUUUGACAACUUUGUCACCUGUCUGGUCAGACUGGAGACGAUGUUCAAAACCUUUAAGACCAUGGACACAGAUGCAGACGGGGAAAUAUCCCUAAACUUUGUUCAGUGGAUCACCCUGACCAUGUUUGCCUAGAAACCAGUGACUCUGCAACUGUUGCACUGCGUCCUGCUGCUGCUCCAGACCCAGUUAGUUAUCUGUUGUUUUCAGAAGUGCCUUUCCUCCUCCAGCUCUUCCUCUCCUCCAUGUUGCUUGGUGCUGAGGCCGUCUGAUGCUUAAAAAACACCUGCGGAUUCAUCUUUACAGUGCCUGUUUUGGAAACGUGUGCCAAUCCUUCAUUUCUCGCCUGUUUUGCCAACUGAAAGAAGCUCGCUUCCCGUUGCCUGGCUGUGAUAGCACUGACAGAGAGUCGAGACAAACAGUUCUUGAAGGCAGAGCAAAAAUACAUGUAUUGUUUAAAUUUUAGUGAGUGGAGACAAACUUUUAUGUUUUAUGACAAGACAACUUUAUAUGACUUCUUAGCCAAGCUGUAAUCAAAAUUUAAAGGACAGCUACGGACCAAACCUAUGGUUAAAAAAAGUCAAUAAUGAGUUGUAGAGUAAAAUAUAUUGAACUAUAAACAUUACAUAAAUAAUCACAUAAACUGUGAGAGGGAAAAUAACCUAACUGCCCAUCUUCAUCUUGUGUCUUCAGCAGAAUUAGUUUUUCCACAGUCUGGGUUAUUUAUUCCAUUUAAUCCUCAAAAUGAUAAUCAUUCAUUCAUUUCUUUCUCAAAAUUUUGUCAUGAUACGAGCAUUUCGGUUCAUAUGCCAGCUAAAGCUGCAACUAAAGACUAUUUUCAUUGUUGAUUAAGCUGUUGAUUAUAUUCACAACUAGUUAUUUGGUCUAUAAACUGUUUCCCAAAGCCCAAGAUAGUAAAUUCAGAUGUCUUGUUUUGUGCACAAACCCAACGAUAUUCAGUUUACUGUCAUAGAGGAGUAAAGAAACCAAAAAUAUUCCCAUUUAAGAAGCUCGAGUCAGAGAAAUUCUACUUUUUUUUUAAACAAACCUAUUCAUCAAAAUGAGCAAGUUGAGAGCUGAGAGCUUGAGAGCUGUAAUGUCAGCCAGAUGUCCAUCUUUGGUUUACUCAAGUUUGCCAGUUCAGUUUCAAAGUAGUGUGGUUUUUUUGCUGACCACUGCCCUGUAACUGAAGCAAGAAGAUUACUCUUGCCUCCACUGUGAGUAUCCUGAAUCUUGAUUUUGCCUCCUUUUAAAAUGAUCCGCUGAGAAUUUGCCAUCAAUUGUGACUUAUUAGUGAUGCAGUUUGUAUUCAAAUUUAUACAUAAUAAGCACUCAGUUUUAACUGGUUGUAUUGAUCUGCAAAAGUCAAUCAUUUGUGCUUGAAGACAAUCUUCAGGACACUGUGCUUCAAAGUCGCUGCCUGUCAGUUAUCACAGUAUCAGUGCCAAAUGUGGUCCAAGUGAAGAGCUGCCAGCUGUUCAGGCUUGUUCUUCAUCCUACUCCAUGUAACAUCCAGUCUAUGUGAAUGUGUGUAUAGAUCGCGAGCAGGUCGACACUUUCUGUUUACAUCUUGUGCCAAACGUUGCUUUCACCUCAGCACUGUGGGCUCCUGAAGCUUUACUGGGCCCCUGCAGUUUCUGCAGUGACGAUGGCGGUGUACUGUAUCAUAGAGAAUGUGUUCUAUAAACCUACUCCUGUUUCAUACAUACCGGCUUAUCAUUAUGCAUGGCACUUUUUACAGACUUGUUUUAAAAAAUAUGAAAAAAUAUCUCGCCUUUUAAGUAAUUGCUGCAACUAGAUUUCAUAGUUAAAAAGGGAUGCAUCAACCUUGUUUAAUCUUUCCUUUCGAAGGGAACAAGAUGUCAAUAUUUUAGGUGAAGGUUAACAAUUAUGCAAGACGGACGACUACUUUGUGUGCAUGCGUUGUGAAAUGUGACAUGUUCUCUGCUGCCUGCCUAACUUCUGUUCUGCCGGGGGGAGCAAGAGUUGUAUUUGAAGAGCAGUAUUCCGUGUAUGUGGAUCUACAAGACAUUAAGAGUGCUUCAAAUGCCAAAACUGCUUGUUCUGCCAAUUAAUAUUCAAUCUUCUUCGUUUUUGUCUGAAGUAAAUGGAAGAAUUACAUUUGCUUAUCAUCAAAUGUGACUGCCAAAUCCUUUUUUUUUUUUUUUGCAAGUUAAAGCUUAUGUAACAUUGUUUAAUGUUUACAGUAGUAACAUUCUGGGUUCCCUUGAACCUGUUCAUCAUACAAUACAUGGGUUCACCUUCUAUACACACUUUGAGAAUAAACAGUGGGAGAUUUUCGUGA